AUGGACGCGAUAAAGUCGUCGAUACAGGAAGCAGCGAGGUUCAAGAGGCAUGAAUUCAUAGUGCUCCUGAGCAGCUGUUUUCAGUAGAGAGAGUUUGAAGGCGACGACCAGAGGCAGUAUUUACACCAAGAAUUUGUGUAUGAGAAUGUGAUGUACUCAGUAAAGCGUGGGCUUCCAUGGGCUGCAGUGGUCCAAAUAGCAAAUCUGUGUAAAGAGCUCCUCCCUGAGCUUAGAGGUGAUUUGGAGAGAUCUAAAGCACUCUAUUUGAUCCAGACACGGAUGUCUCAGUGUCAUCCACGACUGCCUGCUUCUCAUCACACCACCAUGUACGACUUCAUGGUGCACACCUACAUCCAUCAUCAGUGCCUCUAUCAAGGUUUUUUAAAAGAAGAGGUGAAUCUUAAGUUCAUGCACUCACACCUUGAGAUUUAUGUUCCACCACAUCCCCAACCACUAUGUGAGGGAACAGUUGAGAGUCAAAAGGCUUUGAAAGAACUUACUGCAGUCGAGACAUCAAAGACUGAAGAAAUACAUAGACUGAAAGAACCAGCUGAGACACAAAUAAUGGAAAAGCUACAAGUCAUCCGUGAUCUUUCACUGGAUGACAGACUAGUCAAACAGGCACUGGAAAGCAUGGUUCUGCUUUUGCAGUCAGAAGCAGACAUGGUAAAGGAGAUUAUAAUAAAGGAAAUCAGAGCUGUACAAGAGCUGCUAGAAAUACGACUGGGUCAAACAGCUCUACCCGGCGCAGGGCCCUCUUCAGAUGUAUCGGGUUUUUCACAAAAAGGCUCUACAUCUGGAUUCACAAAAACGAAAAAGAGAUGACUAAACAAACCAGUAUACCAAUAUUUUAUACUUGGAAUCAUUCAUUUGUUCAUCUUCACUAACUGCAUUAUUCUGCUGAAGGUCACAGUAGAUCCAGAGUCUCUCCUGGAUAUAGUGGUCAUGAGGAGGAAAUUCAACAUAGAUGGGAGACGAGUCCAUUGCAGGGCACUGCACACACCCAUUUACUACUAGGGACAAUAUUGGCACAAUCAACCAUCCUACAGUACAUUUUUGGGCAGUGGACAGGAAACCCUCAUGGACCUGGAAAGAACAUAGAGAAACUCCACAGAGAGUAUCCAGUGGUGAAGCUCAAACCAUUGAGCCUGGAGCUGUGAGGCAGCAAUACUUCCCUUGGACAAAUACUGAGAAUCAAAUAUACCAUAAUAGCUACUGACAGUAUUAUGAGGAAUACUCUUUGUACUGUACUCUUGUUUUACGAAGUUGUCUGCAAAUAUCAUCAGUGUAUUUAUUGUUUAUUUAUGUAUUUAGAUUGUGAUAUUAUCUUUCUACAGAAAUUUUAAACAAACUGAAAACCUUCUAGGGUGCUAGAUGUUAGAAGAUACCAAACAAAUGAACUUUAUACAAAAAGGAUUUUAAAAAAAGAGCAGAUAAACAGCAUAACACAAUGCAUUAACCCAUUAACCAUCAAUAUAUUCCUAACACAGUAUGCUAAUAACAUAGAAAUACAUUAAUUACAAUAAGUAAUAUUAUCUACAAUAUAGAGAAGAAAUGUGUAUAUUACAAAAAUAUAAUACACUUUUAGUUUUAUAGUCUUUCAGUGAAUAACCCCACAGCCUUAAUGGUUGUGUUUAUGAACAAUACUAGACUUCUGUCACCAGAAAGGCACAUCUGAUCAAAUAAGAAGCAACUUACACCAAUUAUACUAGCAAAGAAAUGCAUUAUAGCUAGCACAAAAAAUGCAAAAGCAAAAAGCUAUUUAAAAUGUUAAGUGACAACAAAUGUCUUCAAGAAUUCAAGGAUAGUUUGGGUAAAAAAAAAUGUUAUUCAGAAGUUAAGGCAAACUCUACAAAGAUAAAUAAAUAAAUAAAUAAGAUAAAUAAAUUACAAAGAUGACAAAAUUUACAGCAACAUAUUUUCCCUUUCACCACAACAUCCAGACUAGGAAUGUCUCAUUUUAAAACCCAGUUCAUUUCCUCAUGUCAUCAACACCACACCUGUUAAAGGCAUCUUACACUCAUUUUUUUAUAUUAUGCCUAUUAUAAAAAUAAAACUAAAUAAAAUGGUCAAACUGUGUAAGCAUA